UUGCUGAAGAGUGGAGAGUUGACUGUAUGUCUGAUGCUUUUUUAUUUGCAUGCAAAAAAUUAUUAAACGAAUAAAUACUAAUGAAACAAAACGUGAAACAAAAUAAAGUACACGAUAAACAAAUCAUAGUAGCAAAGUAAUGACAAGAAAAGUUUAAGCAAUAAGAAUCAAGUAGCUUUAUGAAUGAAAAGAAUGAUUUCUUUGUGAACUGCUAUGGAAAAUAAAUUUGGCGAUGUUUAUACCUUAUAUAAAUGACAGUAUUAAAUUACUGUGAAACAAAUUAAUGCAAAUUUAAUUUUUGAGAUUUUUCUAUUUUAACGAUGACUUCUAUUUAUGGCACAUUAUAAAUUGUAACUGCAGAGGAAACAAAGAAGAAAUAUUUAUUGACAUUCAACAAAUCGUCUAUUAAACUGGACAUGCAAAGUUUUGUGCUGAGAGCAAAUUUGUUUAAAUGUGUUCUGUCUAGCGCAAACACUUGUGUCACUGACAGAGCCGGGAAAAGUUUCCAACUAUUGAUAACAUCCUAAAGUUAAAGCAUAUUGAGAAUAAUUAUUCUAUUUUCACUCUUGGGUAUGUUUGGUAUUUAAUAAGAUAGAGCCACAUGUCACAACUCUAGGAGUCUGUAACAGGGUUAGAAGACGAUCAUAAUUUAACAAUUAAUAUGCCUGUUAUUUCGAAGAAAAAGUGUUUUGAAACCAUGUAGAGGUAUGCAUUUUUUUGUUCAGCAGCUACGAGAAAAAACAUUUGCUAUCAGACAAUAAGAAGAGCAAUCUCAGCAGGGUUUAAAAUGCAAAAUUUCCAGGUUCAUUUUCAAGCUCUUUCCGGGAAAGGGCUUUGCUCUUUCAAAAUAUCCUCCUGUUACUUUACACUAUUCUCCUGCUGCUUCAAUUCUUAAUGAAACCCCUAACUGAGCACCAGAGUCAUCUACACUACCACUUAUCAGCGGUUAUUUGCUGAAAAGGUUGUACAACUCUUUGAUUCUUGUUAUGUCGCUGUAAAAACCCCGAUCUUUUUAAGAGUUUCGGGAAUUUUGGAGAAUUUUAGACAUUUCUAAAAGAAUUUUAGAGCUUUUUUCGGGAAAAUCCGGAAAGAAUUUUAGGCAGUUUUUCGGGAAUUAUGUCGCUAAGCCUACCAUUACCCAACCAACAUUCUUGAAAUAUUUCAGUUCAUGGUUUUCUGAGUUUUCCUGUAACUGGUAGAGUUCAACUAUCUGUGAAAGGUUUAUGUAUGCUAGAAUCAAAUCUCAAUACUAAUCUGAAUACAGUGAUGUGCAAGUCCUGCUGCUCUAACAGUAGUUGUUGUGGUUUUUGUUCUUGUAGACUAUUGGGUACGAUCCUCUUGUUCCAGCUGAUGAGGCAGCUAAGUUUAAUAUUGAGUGGAUGGAACUAGACCAGCUGUGGCCAAAAGCAGACUACAUCACAGUACACACUCCUCUCAUUCCACAGACAAGAGGUGACGUGUAUUGCACUUUUAAUUUUAGGUGAUUUUAUGUUGACAGCAAGAUAAUAUUUUUUGGCCUUUUAAACGCCUUCAACUCAAGCAUGAUUUAAAGCGCAAGUUAUACAGUGUAAUAGCAACAUACAUCACUACUAGGACAGCAGAGUACGUAGUGCCUUAUCUAUUAUAUAUAUAUUAUAUAUUAUUGUAGGUAUUGGUAUGUAUGUUCAUAGAUUACUGCUUCUGUGUUUGUUGCUCCUUUUAAAGUCAGCUGUCUCCUAUGUGUAAAUCCACAUCCUUUAAUGUAUCAAACGCCACUGAAUGGUAGCCAACACUUACCAGUAGCCAUACAAGCGACUUAUUGAUGAGAUCAAGCAAAACUAACUACGAGAGAACAACUGGAGAACUGACAAUUUGACUAACAAUAGACGACUGUUUAACUGUGACAAUAGACGGAUCGAAACACACCAAUCACUGAUAACAAGUCUUCAUAGCCAAUAACAUCGCAGCUUAACUGACAGACGACCAAUAACAUCGCGACAUAAUUGACCAAUCAGAUCAAUAACCAGAGUAUAAUACCAUCAACUGACGUGAUACAACUCACUUUGAUUGUGAAGAUUACUACCACACAGGUUGUCGAAACGUCAGUCACUGUCAACAACAACAGUGCUAUUCAGGACUACGUUCACCCAGACGAUCAAACUCAACCUUUUGUAUCUUUUUUCCUGUCUCUUUUGAGUUGAUUGCCUGUAGAAGUGCCUGGCAUUUAGCAUUUACAGUCAACCCAGGAAAACCACCAACACCAGAAAUAUUUCUGAAAUGUUAUUGUAUUCCCAAAAAAAGCCAAUCAGGUGUAAGAAAACUAAACCACAAGCAAGGUCAUUAAUUACCAUGUUUGUGGUUGUGGCCAGUUUACGUGUCUUGAUCUCUGCUGGGAUUGGUCAUACAUGCAAGACAAUAAACAUUCCUGAGAUAUUUCAAGUGUUCAUGGUUUUCCCGGUUGCCCUGUAAUAAGUGGCUUAAUUAAGGUUCCUUAGAUAGUAUAACAUCAUAAAAAUUGGUCUGUGCUUAUCACAAUAGGUUCUUGUACAUGUGGCUAUCCUUUGCAGGAAUUGAAAUGUUAAACUGAUUUGUGUAACUUGCAUGCUGAUUUUUGUUUCUUCUGUUCUCGAGGUUAUCACUAACAUGUCCUUUUUUCUUCAAAAUAAAUCCAGGACUUCUCGGUGAUAAGACAUUCCCUCUCUGUAAGAAAGGUGUGUAUGUAGUCAACUGUGCACGUGGCGGUAUCAUUGAUGAAGCAUCCCUUUUAAGAUCAUUGGAGUCGGGGCAGUGUGGUGGGGCAGCUCUCGAUGUCUAUGAAACGGAACCCCCUACUGGUAAGUAUUUAUAUUGCUAUUAAUAGUAGGGCAUUAUAGGGGGAGUGUUGCCAUGUCAAUACUUAGGUAGACACUUCAGUGGGUGGUAAGUGAACAAUUAAGGAGCAUGCCUACUGACAGGGUGUGAUGAAAAAUUAUAAAUUAUGCAGCAUUUUCAGGUCAGAUUGAUGCAACAAAAUAUGCAAAUUGUGUGAAUUUUGGAUGCUAAUUAAAGGUCGUUUUAUCAGGUUUUAAAGGAGGUCACUUUUUAAAUGUUCUGUAACAGACAAUUUGAGUGUAUUUAGAACAAAAUAGUUAAAUUAUAUUCUGAUAUCUUGACUGAAUAAGAGGAUAAUAGAAAUAAGGAAAAAGGACACUUUGUAACAAAUAACUUUGUGUAUUUCCUGAAGGGAGGGUAAGGUUCCACUAUCACCUAAUUUCAAACCAGGGAGGGCUGAGUAUAAGUCCAUGCAUUUUAGGAUAAACAACAUUUUCAUAUAGGUCCCAUACAUACCAAACUUGAGGAUUUAAAAUAAAAUGAAACCACUUUUUAAUUCUCUGCCAGUGCCAAAACUAAUACAGGUAAAUUAUGCACAGCAAGUAGUAAGUUGAUGUAAUACCAAACCCCCUUAAAGUGCCCAUCACCUAACAUUUUAUAUUUUCUUAUCUGAAACUACACCUUAUUAAAAUUUCUUCAGCUAAAAAAUUUUGCGAUUUGAACAUGCAAAAGAAGAUUUUUUUAGAAUUUUUUAAAAACGUUCAAAUUUGCCGCCAUUUUGGCACACCAUUCAUCUUAGUCUUCUCUGGGAGUAUGACGUCAUAUGACGUACUUUAAGGAACACGUGACGUUAUCGACAGGAAAACAUUAAGAGUUUUGGUAGGUUUUUCUGUGUCAGAAAAACUUUCUUCUUGCGAAGACGUUGUGAUUCAAUCCUUACUUGUAAUUGAUCUUUUUUGUGUACAGCUGGUGAAGGCAAGGUAACGCGAGUUCCUUAAUUUACGUCACAUGACGUCAUGUGAGCCUGCUAGUUUGCGUGAUCUAGACUUCAAAAAUUGGUAAAAAAGUCGCGUUUUGUUCAAACCGCAAAAUUUUUUCGCAGAAGUUAUUUUAAUGAGGUAUAGUUUCAGAUAAGAAAAUAAAAAAAUUUAGGUGAUGGGCACUUUAAGCAAAAGAAAUGAUAAGACAGUAAAUAAGUUGUUAACACAAUUAAGUACAUACACUGGGGGGAGGUAAACUGUGACAGUUUAUUGAUCAGGUUUAUUUAUUUUAUAUCUGCCACAGGAGUAUCAGGGCAGUUAGUCCAGCAUCCUAAUGUCAUAGCUUGUCCCCAUCUUGGUGCCAGCACUGUUGAGGCGCAAACCAGGGUAGCAAAGGAAAUAGCUGAACAGUUUGUUGAUGCUGCACAGGGGAAGUCACUAUUUGGUGUGGUGAGUUAUUUCAUUUAACUGGUAGUAAUAUUACAGAUUACAAUGGAACCUCGAUAUAAUGAAGGGCCAAGGGACUGACAAAAUUUGUUUGCUAUGAUGACUUUUCCUUACAUCCAGGUCCUUUUCCACAUAUUUUACUAUUACUGGGGUAAAGAAAACAGUUUGUUAUACAGAGGACUUUUGUUAUAUAGAGGUUCGUUAUAUCGAGGUUCCACUGUAAGAGUGCAUCGGACUGGAAGGAGUGCUGUUGUGAAGCACAAAAUAGAGGGAAAAGCCGCGACUGGCAUGAAGUGGUACUGUGGAAGGUUGAACCCAAGAGUCAUUUCUUUAGUAGGUUGAGUAUGAUCGUCCAGUUGAACGUGCUGAACGUGCUGUAGUCCUGAAUAGGACUGUUGUUGACAGUGACUGACGUUUCGACAACCUGUGCGGUAGUCAUCUUCAGAGUCAAAGUGAGUUGUAUCACGUCAGUUGAUGGUAUUAAACUCUCGAUAUUGAUCUGAUUGGUCCAUUAAGUCGCAAUAAUAUUGGUCGUCUGUCAGUUAAGCCGUGAUGUUAUUGGCUAUGAAGCAAUGUGAUUGUUGAUGUCACCAUUUCUCGUUGCGCGUUUGUGUUCAGUCAGUCACGUGCUAAUUUUCUGCCGGUUUCACCAAUGUAAGUAGCCUGGCAGUUGCAGUAUUUGAUUUUGUAUACUUUUUCCUGUCUGACCUGUCUAUCUUCUGGUUUGUCUUUGUCCUUGACAUCAGUAAGUUGUUGCCGUCAAGUGGUUAUUGGUUUAUGUGCAUACAUACAUACAUACAUACAUACAUACAUACAUACAUACAUACAUACAUAAACUUUAUGUAUCCUCGGAUUUUAGUGUAGCUUACAUAGCUAGUAUCUCCGAUCCUAACUAAUUUUAAAAGUUACAACAUAUAUAAUAUAAUAUUAAUUAAUGUAUUAUUAACUAAAACCGUGCCACAAGUACAUUGAAAGGUUGUAGUAUACGUGUGAUAGUUUCAGAGGUGCCUCUGAUGUAUGGUAUAGUCACUGUCUUAAGAGGGCCAGAGUCGAUGUUGGUCUGAGUGUUGGAAUCAGUGUUACUGUGAGUGUUCUGUCUAACAAAUUAAAGUCUGUGUUGUAGUUGGUGCGGUAAAAAACAGAGAAAACUUUCAUAAGAGACACAACAAGGAAUGCUUACUUCAGAUGCAGUUAUUACAUAAUUAUUGGUACAUAAUAUAGUCAAAUUUCUGUUAAUUUAUGUUUUAAAACCUUGCCUCUUGUUGGUUUACUGUGGAUGAGUUUGUCAACACUAUUCUAGACUGGACCUGCACCUUAACAUUGUGUGCAAAUGUUUUUUCUCAGUAAAGCUUUUUUAAAAAAGUUUGUCAAAAGCUAGUGAACAAUCUUUGUCCAGGUUUGGCUCUGAGCACCUUGUGGAUAUUUCUUCAUGUUAACUGCAAGUUCCUGGUCGUUGUCAAUUUCCAGUUUGCUGAUGACUGCCAUGUUCAAAUAUCAAUGUUUUCUUGGUAAGACCUCAGAAGGUGGGAAGACUGAAUAUUUACCAGAUGUGCACGGUGCAAAGGAAGUCAGUUUUAGCAUUUACUUGCCCAAGAGUCAUUUAAACUAGCCCCCCCUCCCCCCCCCCCUUAAAAGUGACAAGCACAAUUAGUAAUAUUAAUUGAUUUUUGUUGCUUAAUUAGUUGCUCCAGUAGUUGUUCAGUUAUUUAAAUCUUUUUUAUUCACUUUGUCAGAUCAGUUUUAGAAGCAGCUUUUAAUCCACAUGAACUACUGUAAUUAAUUUUAAUUUGUCUUACAUUACUUCUGUAAUUUGAAUUCCCCUGAAAGACUUCCUUGUCCAUCAUGCAAGGUAAGAACAGAAUUCACCAUCCAGCAGGGUUAUCUAAUAAUGCUUUCUCUGUACCCUCACAAGUCACCUGGUCAGCAGGGGUAGGAAGUAGAGAACCUAAUCCCAGACAUGAUUUAAUUGUUUGAUUAUAGGUAAAUGCUGCAUUCUUAACUGAAGCCCUGAAACCUGAAGCGCAGCCUUGGCUAAGCCUCGGUGACAAACUUGGAAGGAUUGCUGCAUGUCUUGUGAAUGAUCAGCCACUCACCAAAGUCACUGUGACAACACAUGGUGCUGAAAUGAAGUCCGCAUUACGAUAUGUUACUGCUGCUGUGUCAGCAGGAAUUCUUGGUGGAAAAAAUACCAAUUUGGUUAAUAGUGCUGUCAUUGCAAAAGAUAAAGGCUGUGAUGUAAGUUAACAAGUUAAUAAAUGUUGUAAUUCCAUUUUUCUCUUAUCACAAGGUAUCAUCUAGCCAUGGUGUCUGUAAUUCCAUUUUUCUCCUAUCACAAGGUAUCAUCUAGCCAUGAGGACACUUUUGGACUCCCUUAUAAUGGCGCAGUAUCAUUGACCGUAAACAGUGACACCACAUUAACAGGAACAGUGGUGGGGAUUGGUGUUCCUGUGCUGAUCAAGUUCAACAGCCAUGUUUUCAGUGGUGGGGUACCCCUCUCUGGAAACCUUUUGUUUGCUAAAGGAAAUCCUGGUAAAGUCCUGACUGAUCUCGGUUCCAAGAGUAAUGGUGCAGUUAACUGUGUUCAUGUGGCAGCAGGAGGAGCAGAAAGUGUUGUUAUUGUUAGUACUUCUUCUCAAUUGUCAGCAGAUUAUCCUUGUAUAGCAUUGUGAAAGAUGGUUUUUACGUCAUUAGUUGCAAGUCUAAUGAUAAAAAAAAUGUUUCCAACAACUGGAAAGAAUUUCGGCCUUGCCUGCAUACUUAUAAAGGUAGAUAGCAUUGACGUAUUUGCAAACAACAAAGACACUCACUUUAUCUGUGUAUCAAAUGCAGUGCUGUAGUACCUUAAACUUUACUGUUACUGUGUGCUUUGCAUUGCAACAAACCCUGAUGAGGUACAUGUAUUUGUGUGAACGUUAAUUUUGCGUUCGAUGAAUAAUAAUUUACUGUAAUAAUGUAGCAUCUGUUUUGUGACAAUAGGGUUAGGGAUAGUAUUUAUUAUUGUUAAAUAUUCUAUAUCUGCCGGUGAUAUCAAUUUACGAGUUAAAGUCACUUAUGUGAGUACUUGCUAUGUUAUACUGGAUACGUUAUGUAGUGCUAUAAAUCUUUGUUUCUCAAAUUGUUGGUUUGUCUGAAAUCUUUUCGCUUGUCUUCUACCUACCCCUUCCUUUGGCAGUUCUUCCUUGAUUCAG